UCUGGUCGCGUCUGGUGACGAAGCAUAAAGGUGGAAAAGGUGAAUUCAGGGAAAAGUCGGAGCAGAAAAGUGAGGGAGGAUUCCGAGUGGGGUACGCGUCCCGGUGGAGGGGCGAAGCCGGGCGGCACUGCUCUCUUCGGGUAUAUAUACUCGAAGCGGGCGAAGCUACGGUACAGUUCACCAAGAGACAAAAGCGACAAAAGGACCAGCCGUAUCGACAGGCUCAGGCGAUUAUCAAUUUUUUUGUUCCCGAGGCACGAGCGACGAUCGAAUCGCUGGAGACAAGUUCAGUUUUUCGUGAAGAAGAAAUAUCGGUAGUGUCGAGGGUUGUGCACCGAGGACCGUGUCCCUUGGAGUCGUUUCAGUUUUUGUUUCGCCCGAUCUCGUUACUUCCAUCGCGAUGGUGAAAAAUACGAAGAGCUUCACGGCAUCGCGCACCGGCUUGACCACGAUUUUAAUGGUGUCGUGCACGCUGAACGUGAUCCUGAUGCCGGGAUCGACCUACGCCAGGCCACCAUCUCUGCUCAGCAGACAGAGGCGUGUGUCGGAUCAACGAUUGGCCGAGAUAGAGACGCUUUUGGGGCUACAGAAUGUCAGAGGAAAAGUGGUCACGGUUCCAGUUGCAUUCGGUGUUCUGGAUCCAGACAAGAUAGGCCGUAGACGAAGAUCCGCCACGAACGACAGACUGGGAAUGUUGCAACGCAUCAUGAAAAUCAUCGCUGACAAUCCUGACUUCGUCGACGGCGAGGAAGUUCUCCCGCUACCAGUGAGGUCGAGGGAGAGCCGGCGAGGCAUCGACGACGAAUACCGAUUCAAUUAAUUUCGGACGACGAAGUCGCGCUGAAUCCCAGGGCGAAUUCGAAGACGGAGUCGAGAGAACGAGGAACGCGUGAUCGAUCAAAAGGAAAGGAAACACCGGGGAAACAUUGUUGGAAACGAAGAAAGAUUUGCGCACCGAUCUCUCGAUCCUGAACGAAAACAAAAAAAACCGCUUGAACAGUAUUACGGACCGUCCUCCGUCCGAGCUUAAACUCUUUAAACGAACUUACACUAUUAGACUACUAAGUAAUUAACCACGGAACGUAACGGAAGACGAAAGGCUGAGGUACGUUUGAGAAGCUCGUGCAAGGAAGAAGGAUGAGAAAACGUUCAUGUGAUUUCCCUCGACUUUUAACUCUUCCGUUACCUGAAACGUCUGCCUGCCAUUUAUAUGUUUAGUUUAGUUUAUUUUAUAUAUUCGUACGUUUAUUUGUAUCGGUAGCCGUCUAGUAAUUUAUUCAUUAUUAUUUAAACUGGUCGGUUCGAUUUUCCUCGGCCGUGUCACCAGCUUGCGAAGAUGAAAACUGUGUUCACUAUAUAUGUUCUCUAAUUUUUCUAUUUACGCAAAACUGAUCGUGAACGACGAACGAGAAAUUGUGUGACUUGUCAUUUUUGUGAUCUAGCGGCGCUCGAAUGAGUUUGUAUGAGUUUACCUUUGCUGAAUCUAGAGCUCGAACAUUAUUGAACGUCAACGCGAACAGAAAAGACUAAAGUUCUUUUUGAAAACGAACAAAAAAAAAAUGAAAAUUAAGUCGUCGUAAUUCCAUUUUAUGCUACGUCGAUCGUUCGUUUCCACUGCGACGGCUGUCAAAUAUUUGAAACGUCUUUUUCGAUAAAACACGAGACUAAUAGAUAAAUCGUAUCAAUGAUCCCACCUAAAGAAAUUACUAUUUAUUUCAUCUUUUCGUUGUAACCAAGAAGACGAACAGACGUAGCGAUGGUACGUAAUGAUCUAGCGCAGUCGUCGCACGUGGAAUUGUAUCUAUUUAAAAAUAGUUUGAAUCUGUUCAACUUAAGACGUGACUCAUCCCGUUUAUCGUUUUACGUCGUAUAAAUUAUUUAUUAUCGUGUUAAUUUAUAAAUGCGUCUAAGGAGGAUGAACGAUGGAACGAAGAAUGGAACGAUUAUGCGAUCUUCCAACUAAAUCUAUACACACGCGUUCGUCGAUAGUUUGCAUACUUCCUCCGUAUAAGUUUAUUUAUUUAUUUAUUUAUUUAUUUAUUUAUUUAUUUAUUUAUUUAAUUUAAUUUAAUUUACGUCGCACCGGAAAAACCGGGAAGAGUAUUAAAGACACUGUUACGAGUAUUGUCGGGACUUUUAUUGUAAAUGCGUAUCAAGACACUCUCGAUGCAUUCGAAACGAUCUCGUUGAUCGUCCGUUUUUGUUUUCCUUUUAUAUUUACGUGUAAAUACUACAAUUUUGUUUAUUUAAACGCAAUAAAAAUAAUAAU